AUCGCCAACAAGGCGAUCUACGGCUCCGACUCACGACAGGAGCACAGUGCAAUGCCACCAGAGUGGACUCUGAUCGGCGAUGCCGUCGCAAUGAUCUACGACACACAGGGGAAUCGAGUGUUUGACAGCCAGGGCGUCUUCCAGUACGAACAAAGUCUCCACGACAAGCACGGCGACUGCGACGGCACGCCGUUGCGCUUCAGCGGCCAGCCCACGCCGGGCCAUUGCGCCGCCACGCUGAUCGCUCCAAACAAGGUGGCCACCGCAGGGCACUGCAUCAAGCCUCACCUUUGCGGCAGGCUCGCAUUUGUCUUUGGCGCGACCAGUGACGCGAUGGUCUUUGGCACUCGCUUUGCUGCCGACCUCCGCUACUCGUGCGCCUCUGUCGAGAUCUCAGAGUCGACGGGGGGGAAGGACUGGGCCGUGGUACGGCUGGACCGGAGCGUCCCCGACUCGGUCGCCUCACCCGUCCGCGUCGCAAGCACUGAGGUCACGAUCGGGACCCCCGUCAUGUGCAUCGGCCACCCGGACGACCUCCCGCGCAAGUACGCCGGUGACGCACAGGUCAACGAGGUGAUGCAGUCGGGGACGGACGCCUUCCGCUUCGCGACGAAUCUGGACACUUUCGUCGGCUCGUCCGGGUCGGGCGUCUUCGACAUUGAGAGGCGCGAAAUGGUUGGUAUCCUCGUCAGCGGCAGACGCGACUAUGACGACAAGGGUUGCGCAAUCACCUACCCGCUUGAGCGGGGUGGCGAGUGGGUGACGGGCGCUAAGCUCCUGCUCCCCUACUCGUCCGUGCCUGCUCCCUCGGCAUCCUCUCCGCCGCCGCCGUCGCCGCCGCCGCACCCGCCGCCGCACCCGCCUAGCGCACCCCCGGCCAUCCUCGACGGAGGCGAUGACAGUGCCUCCUUCGUGAUCUCCGUCGCCGCCGGAGCGUCCGCCGCCGCCGUCGCUUGCCUAUGCCUUGCUGCCUGCGUCGCCCUCAAGGUGGCUUCUCCUCACGGCCAAGGAAGCGUAAAGCCUCCGAAGGCAGAGCAAGCGCCCGGCGGUACCACUGGCAAUGCAGCGCAGAAUUGUUGAUAUGCGCUCUUGCAAGUGUGCGAGAGAGACUCAGGGAGAGAUAGAGAGGGUGUGAGACUCCCCCUGCCCCUAGGUAGGUAGGUAGGUAGAAAGGUGAAGAACAGGCUUGUUGCACGAGUAUAUGGGACACGAUGUCUCAAAUAUGAGGGGUUUUGACUCCU